AAAUAGAUCAACUUCACCGAACCAGCGGUCGCCUUAAAAGCAUUACAAUUUUGAUUAAAAGUCAUACAUACAGAGUCUCUCUCUCUCUCUCUCUCUCUCACAUUUUCUUGUUCGACGCGAGAAAAGAAAUCCUGAAUCAACGAAUUUCACAACACAAUACUGCACUGCCUGGAGCCGUGCUUGGUUUUACUUCAGUUUAAGUUUGUUUGAUCAAUUGGAGCACUGUACUGCACUGCGGUUACUCUCAUGACUUGUUGCUCUCAAUUUUUUAGGUCUUCUUCAUCCACACGAUUCACCGGAACAGAUAUAGAUAUUUCAGAACUUCACAAUGUCAAAAUUUACACUUAUAAGGAAUUGCGAAUUGCCACUUCAGGGUUUAGUCUUGCAAACAAGAUAGGGCAAGGAGGUUUUGGAUCAGUCUAUAAGGGAAAGUUGAGAGAUGGAUGCAUGGUAGCUAUAAAAGUUUUAUCAGCUGAAUCAAAACAAGGGGUCCAAGAGUUCUUGACAGAAAUCAAGGUGAUCUCUAGUAUAGAGCAUGAGAAUCUUGUGAAGUUGAAUGGUUGUUGUGUGGAAGACAAUCAUAGAAUUUUGGUAUAUGGCUAUCUUGAGAACAAUAGCCUAGCACAAACACUUCUUGGUUCAGGCCAUAGUAGCAUUAAAUUCAGUUGGCUUGUAAGGCGCAACAUUUGCAUAGGUGUUGCUCGAGGGCUUGCAUUCCUUCAUGGAGAGGUUCGACCACAUAUCAUUCAUAGAGAUAUAAAAGCCAGCAAUAUAUUACUUGACAUAGAUCUCCAACCCAAAAUUUCAGAUUUUGGCCUUGCAAAGCUUAUCCCCCCAAACCUGACUCAUAUUAGUACAAGGGUUGCUGGAACUGCUGGUUAUGUCGCACCUGAGUAUGCAAUACGAAAUCAAGUGACAAGAAAAUCAGACAUCUAUAGUUUUGGAGUGCUACUAUUAGAAAUUGUUAGUGGGAGGCCCAACACAAACAGACGCUUACCUGUUAAAGAACAAUAUCUUCUGACAAGGGCAUGGGAUUUGUACGAGGAAGGGGAGCUAAAAAAUUUGGUGGAUGUUUUUCUAGAAGGGGACUUAAAUGUUGAGGAGGCAGUCAAAUUUUGCAAGGUUGGUCUUCUUUGCACGCAGGACUCUCCUCAGCUCCGGCCUUCUAUGUCCACUGUGCUUAAAAUGCUUAUUGGUGAAAAAGAUGUGAACGAUGAUAAUAUGAUAAAACCAGGCAUGAUAUUUGAAUUUGUAGAUGCCAAUGACCUAGGGAACAAAAGAGGUAAGGCUGAAAUGGAAAGUACAUGUACUUCUUUGUUGGCAGGUUCAGGGAAUCAAGAUGAUUCAUCUUCAUCAGGAACUGGGACCUCUUUUGCUACCAUGACGUUCACAGCUAUUUAUGAUCGAACCAAUUAAUUUGAAUUGAGUGUUGGGGUAAGCCCUAUUAGCUAAUUAAGUAGAUUGGAUUCAUUUUUGUAUCACGACAUUAAUUUAUAUAUUUUUUAUUCGUCGUUUUUUGUUA